UAUACUACAGUGCCUGCAGAGCAACGUGACGUGACGUGACGUGACGCAGCAGAAGCGUCUUCACUGCGGCAGAACCAGGACUCGUCCCGGGACUAUUUAUAUAUAUAUAUUCGCGAGCGUGCGGGCCGGUGGGUGUUCGCGCCGCCAUGACGACGUGUCGGUGUCGGUGCUUGCCGCCGCCAUGACGAGCCCGCGGAGGAGCGCCAAGCUCCAGCUGCGCCGCUCCAUCAGCGAGCAGCUGCGGGACUCCACGUCCAAAGCCUGGGAUCUCCUGUGGAAGAAAGUCCGCGACAGACGACUGGCAGAGCUCGAGGCCAAGGAGGCGUGUGAUUGGCUGAGGGCGGCCGGGUUCCCUCAGUACGCGCAGCUCUACCAAGACUCACGGUUUCCUAUCGAUAUUUCCUCGGUGAAAAGGGACCAUGACUUUUUGGAGCAGGACCUGGUUGAGCCUCUGUCACGGCGUCUCAACACCCUGAACAAGUGUGCCUCCAUGAAAGUGGACGUCGGCCAUCCUAAGAAGAAAGGGGACGACUCAGAUGAGGAUGACUCCAUGGCCAUCAGCAAGCGUUGGACGUUCGAGUGCAACAGCCGCCGCUGGUCCCGCCUUCAGGACCUCCUGUCCGACGGCGGCGGCGGCCUGCGCAGCACGGCGAGCAGCGAGAGCGUGCUGAGCGAGCAGGACACCUGCGAGGUCUCUUCGCUCGGCAGCGAGGACUCGGCCUCCGGCGUGUCCACGGCGUCCUUCCGGCCGCGCGGAGACCUGCCGCACUACAACUCCCUGCCCACCAAGAGCGGGCAGCACGGGCAGGGCGGGCGCAGCAAGGCCAAGGAGUUCCUGCGGCGGAUGGACAUGGUGCGCACCUGGGGGCCGUCCACCAUGAGGAGGAGCUUAAAGCGCAGACCGCCGAUGGUCAUCAGCGGGCCGGUGCUGCAGGGGGAGGAGCCUCUGGCCCUGCAGGUGCUCCAGUGUACGCCCAUCAGCCAGCUGGAGCAGAACCUCCCCAAGCCCGGCUCGCCGGAUGACGGCGAGACGUCGCACGCCCACCCUAGCGAGGACUGCGACCGUCUCGCCGUGGCGAGCGCCGGUCCCGCGGGCCAGACGCCGGCGUCCACAAGGACGAGCGGCAAGAGGAGCAGCAAGUACCUGGAAGACAUGGAGCUGGCCCCUCAGGGGAAGAGGACAGACGGACAGAGGAACUUCUACUCCUACCAGAACCUUCUCAUCCACGUCCCCAAAGACCACAAGCCCGGAACCUUCCCAAAAGCCUUGUCUAUCGAGAGCCUGGCGCCGGCUCCAGGUGACGGCGCCGUCUCUCGGCCGCGUCAGCCCAACAACAACAAAGCGUACCCGGCCCGCUUCGGCGGGACGCCGUCCAAGCCACCGUGCCCAAGGGCCCCGCGGGGCAGCCGGGCAAGCGUCUACGACAACGUCCCGGGCUCCCACCUUUACGCCAGCACGGGGGACAUCCUGGACCUGGAGAAGGAGGACAACCUGUUCCCGCACCUGGACGACAUCAUCCAGCACGUCAGCGGCCUGCAGCAGAUCGUGGACCACUGGAGCCGCGGCGUGCUGCCGGAGGGCGAGGACGGGGACGGGGACGGGAGGACCACCCCCAGCGAGGGCGACAGGGACGGCGUCUCUUUGAACGACACCGACUCUACGGGGACCGGUCGGGAGAGGAGGGACUCCGGGGUCGGGGCGUCCCUGACCAGGCCGCGGGUGCGCUGGCCCAGUUUCAGGACGUCCGACCAUCUCAAGCAUCCGACGUCUUCCCUGCACAUCAGCAGCCAAUCAGCAUCUCAGCUCAGCUUGUUGCAGAAGUUCUCUCUGCUGCGCCUCACCGCCAUCAUGGAGAAGUACUCCUUGUCCAACAAGCACGGCUGGACCUGGUCGGUUCCUAAGUUCAUGAGGCGCAUCAGAGCGCCCGACUACAAAGACAAGAGUGUGUUUGGCGUGCCCCUCAUCGUCCACGUGCAGCGGUGUGGUUUCCCCCUGCCUUUGUGUCUCCAGCGGGCCCUCAGCCACCUCCGAAGCCACAGUCUGGACCAGGUGGGACUCUUCCGCAAGUCGGGCGUCAAGUCCCGCAUCCAGGCCUUGAGGGAGCAAUGCGACGCCGCGCCCGACUCGGUGGACUUCCACGAGCAGUCGGCCUACGACGUGGCCGACAUGGUGAAGCAGUUCUUCCGGGACCUUCCGGAACCUCUGCUGAGCAACAAGCUGGGAGAAACUUUCCUGCACAUCUACCAGUACGUUCCCAAAGAUCAGCAGCUGCAGGCGGCGCGGGCGGCCAUCCUGCUGAUGGCGGACGAGAACCGCCAGGCGCUGCAGACGCUGCUGCACUUCCUGCGUGACGUGACGGCCGUGGUGGAGGAGAACCAGAUGACCGCCUCCAACCUGGCCGUGUGCCUGGCGCCCUCGCUCUUCCACCUCAGCCUCACCAGGAGCGAGCUGCUGUCGCCCAGGUCCAUCCAGAGGAAGUACACCACGGGCAGACCGGACCAGAAGGACCUGAACGAGAACACGGCGGCGACUAAAGGACUGACUCACCUGAUCACGGAGUGUCAGCGCCUCUUUCAGAUCCCAGAGGAGAUGGUGACCCAGUCCCGCAACUCGUACAUGGAGGCGGACCUCCAGGCGCCGCCGCUGGACGAGCUGGGGAAAGUCCGCCCUGAGGAAAUGGAUGACGAGGAGGAGGCGGAGGAAUCGGAGGAGGAGGAGGAGUUUGGGGCGGGGUCCUAUCGCGCCCACGUGGAGAGGCUGGUCCAGAACCUGCUGAAAGAGGCCAAGGACAAGAGCAAAGGUUGGGUGUCUCGGCCCGCCUUGGAGAACACGGAACUGGCCUCCAAAAAGGUGGGCGACGGUAACCCUCUGAGGCGCUGGAAGGUCAGCACGGAGGUGCCGGCCCCGCCCACCGAGGUUCUGCACCGUCUGCUGAGCGAGCGCCAACGCUGGCACCUGGAGCUGGAGCAGGAGGAGAUCCCAGAGACCCUGGACACGCAGACGGACGUGUACCGGUACCGCUGCCGCAACAUGGCGCCCCAGCCCGCCACGGACUACGUGGUGCUCAGGUCGUGGCGUGCCGACCCGGUGAGGGGCUGGAGCGCGCUGGUGUGCGUGUCGGUGGAACGCGACGACGACGGCGGUGGCGGCCGGCGCGCGGCGGAUGCGGCGGCGGUGAGGGGCGUGGUCCUGGAGUCUCACUACCUCCUGGAGCCUUGUGGCACGCCUGCCAGGACCAAGCUCACACACGUCUCCAGGGUGGACCUCAGGGGGCGCUCUCCAGAGUGGUACAACAAGGCGUAUGGUUACUUGUGUGCCAACCAAGUCCUCAGAGUCCGAGACUCCUUCCUCCCAGCGGACCACGGCCUGGACUCCCAGUCCUGAAGCCUGGACUCCCAGUCCUGAAGUCCCGUAUCUCAAAGUCCGCAUCAGCCAGACGGCGCUUCUUUUUUUUUUUUUUUUUUGUCUUUUUUUUGCUUCCAUAUGGUCCUUGCUGACGUCAUCACGAGGUCACAUGACCCGCCAGCAGACUAUGACCUCAUGGCUGCCGUACAAUGUCUGAGACAUGUGACCAUUGCGCUGCUUCCGGGAAGCAAGGUGUGUGUGUGUGUGUGUGUGUGUGUGUGUGUGUGUGUGUGUGUGUGUGUGUGUGUGUGUGUGUGUGUGUGUGUGUGUGUGUGUGUGUGUGUGUGUGUGUGUGUGUGUGUGUGUGUGUGUGUGUGUGUGUGUGUGUGUGUGUGUGUGUGUGUGCGUGCGUGUUGUGACGUCAGGCUUUAGCUGUCAUAUUGAUGACUCUUCCUGCGUCUGGAGGCUUGCGUUGCCAUGGUGAUGGUGACGUCAUAGCGCAACAUUGACCUAGACUUUGCAAAAAGUGUCACGACACAGAAUUGUUGUUUUUAAAUAAAAUAAUAUGCAAAAAAAA